CUUGUUCACUUCUAUAAGAAAAUGUAGCAAGGCUGCUUAUAGUCUUGCACUUAGUUUUGAUUGAAUGGAUUUGCUGCAUCUAUCUCCUGAUCAGAGUGCCAGCAAGGUUGGAUGGUUUCGGAAUGAAGAUGCAGAUGAUCUGCUUAAACUUAUCCAGGAAGUUAGCAGAUACUUCUCUAGUGCUGAAGAUAUUGGUGUUGACCCCAGCAACGUCCACCCUUAUGUUUCAAAAGUAUUAAGAAGUUUCUGUUCAAAGCUGAGGAUGGAUAGGGUAAUAGCUGCUUUUCAAAUCAAGGCAGGUUACUUUGUCCACUUUGUCAAGGCUCAUCCUAGCCUAUUACACGCAUUUCAAGCUGCUGCUGGAGGUUCUGGUGUUGGUGGAAUGAACCGAUCAUUAAGUUCUGCAGUACGGUAG